AUGAUGAAUAAGAAUACUACCACAGCAGCAAUGAUCAGAACAUUCACUUUCUUCUCUCUCGUGGUGGCAGUGGCAUCUGAAGCCUGGACACAAGAUCAAAUAAAUUACUAUUAUCAAAAGUACAAUGCCCCCUUGAAUACCUGUGCAAUGCAAGCUCAAUGCCUCAAGUACACCAUUACGGAGAAUGAAACACCUUCCAAAUGUGGAUCUCCAUGUGAAUACCGUGUUUGUUGGCACCAAGGUUACAUGGGAGAAGGAUGGAACCACGGUUGGGGCAACUGGGGAUUCUUGAGUGCCUGCAUGCGUUACGAGCAUGUGGAUGCUAUCGGAGAUAUGCACACUACCGCUUCCUCCAAUGAUCCCUUUGACCAAUGUCUGAAUCAAAACAGCUCCAACGGAAAAGGAUAUUGGGAUGCCAGUUGUACCGAUCCCCAACAAGCCUUUACCAGUUCCUACACCUUUGCCAAUGUCUGUCAGAAUGUUCCAGCGGGACAAACGGUUCAUUUUCUGAUUAACGAUGGAGGUUCCUGUGCGGGAACUGCCAGUAAGGGCGAAAUGACUGGACACGGAACCGAGGCCUUUUGUGCUCCCUCGACCCAAGAUUUGAGUGGAACCAACCGUGGAGGUCAAACCUUCUUUCCAGCGUACGGAGAAGGUUCGGGAGGAACUUGUUCCGGCUUGGCUGAAGGAAACGAGUGUGUUUGGUCCGUGACGGUACCAAGUACCUGUGCCUACGAAGAGGGAGAUCCAUGUGUCAAUGAUACUCCCGCGUACAAUGCUGACUCGAUUUGUCCAGAUCAAGAGGAUUCCGCCUUGGUGUACUACGAAAACGAUCGCAAUGGAGAUCCUCCAGUCACUCCCAUUCACGACAUCCGACAUAACGGUGAUGGCACUGUUUCCUUCCGAGUCUUGAAUCCCUUUGGAGAUGACUUGAGUAACAUUUAUACCGUAAUGCCAAAACCUGGUGGCCAUGGAGAUCCCAUCUGUCCAAAGCAAAACAGUGCCACCGAUUGUAUCACAGAUGAGGUGUACACGGCCCAAUGCAUCGAUGAUGAGUCUUGGACCUUUGUCACUGUAUUCGUAGUUGGCGAAGAUGAUACCAGCGCUGCUGCGCAACUGGUGGACACUGUGGCUGGAUCAAAGGGUACCGAAGUCUACAAGUGUUGUCCCAGAACAUUCGAACCAAAUGGAAGAUUUGGUCCCCAGCAAACAGCCGCCUUUUCGUACUUGAUUCAUUGCGCAUGUGAUGGCGAGAGUGGCAAUGAUGGACAAGCGCGAGCCUUGCGGGUAAGCAAUGAUCUUGCUGAGAAAUUUGGAGGCCAUGGUGCUGCACUGAGCCGAAAGGAUCUGGAAGCCAAGUUCUUGAGGGGAGAGCUCUUUGGUGAUGAACUCAAGACGCUCUAUGGAUUGCUGUAG